ACAAUAUCUUCUGCCUGAGCAUCGAUUCAGCUGCAAGUUUCAUUAGGUCUUUUUCACUGCAAUAUCAGCUCACACAAAGUGCUGUACAAAGUGUACAUUUUGUUUUAAAAUUAUGAGGUUGUCUAGGAUCUUCUGGGUUCUGAUUUUCUCUCUUCAGUGCUUUCAGACUACCAAGCAGAGAGCUGAUGGAACAUCGGUACAGGAUGCCCCUGUACUUUCAGGAGACAACAUGCAAAGAAUGAAGAGAGCAUAUCGUGACAGUUUAAUGGAUUAUAACUACAACCAGUAUCACCCUAUGGACCAGAUAUAUCACUGGAUGGAUCUGAUGAAGGACGAACACAGCAAUGUGGUGUCACAGCACCUGCUGGGUAUGACAUCUGAGAAAAGGCCAAUGUAUUAUCUGAAGAUAGCCCAGCAGUCAACAAAACCGAAGAAGAUUAUCUGGAUGGAUUGUGGGAUUCAUGCCCGGGAAUGGAUUGCCCCUGCAUGCUGCCAGUGGUUUACAAAGGAGAUACUACAAAACUAUAAAACUGAUCCAAGGAUGAGAUGUAUUCUCCAAAAUAUAGAGUUUAACAUUCUCCCUGUUUAUAACAUUGAUGGAUAUGUUUACACAUGGACAACGGACCGACUAUGGAGAAAAUCACGCUCUCUGUCACUGGUUGAAAAUUGUACUUGUGUGGGAACAGAUUUAAACAGGAAUUUUGAAGCCCAGUGGUGUACUGUUGGAGGAUCAUAUAACUGCUGCAGUACAAUGUUCUGUGGCUUUGGACCAGCAUCAGAACCAGAGACUAAAGCAGUGAGUGACUUUCUGAAAAGGAGGAAGAGUGACAUUUUAGGCUAUUUUUCUAUCCACUCUUAUGGCCAGCAGAUUUUAACACCAUAUGGUUACACAAGUGAACCACCUACCAACAAUGAGGAGCUGAUUCAGACUGCACAAAAGGCAGCUAUGGCUAUAAAAGAAAAACAUGGGAUGGAUUACAAAGCCGGUCCCUGUUACUCAGUUCUGUAUGAAAUGGCUGGUUCUUCUCUGGACUAUGCACGUGAUAUUGGGAUUGAGUUCUCCUACAUCUUUGAGCUUAGGGAUAAUGGGACCAAUAAAUUUGUUCUCCCAGAAGAAGAAAUCCAGCCUACAUGUGAAGAGACCAUGGCAGGUGUAAUGGCUAUUGUAGAGCACAUUAAUGACAAGUAUUACUCCAAUUCAGCACCAGCAGCGGGAGUUUUGUGGCCAGUGCAGUUAUCCAGGACAGGACUUCUGUCAAAAGUCCUAAUAACAGUGUGGGCCAUGGGCUUCUCCUCAGUUUUGUGACUUUGCAUGGUUUAUUCACUGUGCGAUUUAAGGGACACAGCAAUAUUUUACACCUUAAUGUUUUACUUCUUUACUUUGUUUCUCUAAACUAUGUAGUGUCACAUAAACAUUUGCUCUUCCUUCAUAAAAUAUAUUUUAAAGUAUCUUAUAAUGUCUUACAAUAUAAUAGGUGUGUAUAUGUUUCUUAUGCCACAGCUUCUUAGGGUUUCUGUCAAAAGUGCAAGGACUAUAAUUAGAGAAGUGAGACUAAACAUGGAAAAGGGGAAUUAAGGAUACUCAAAGACAGCGGCUGCAGUUCCUCAGACUAUUCACCUUACUCCAAGGUACAGUGGCCUCAGAGUUAAGCUAUAUAUACCUGUGAUUAUAUUAUGAUUAUUCAAAAUGUAAAUAAAUCAAACUACAUAUGAUCAAUGAAAACAUUUUGAACAAUCAAAUUAUUGAAAACCCAAAAUAUUGCAAGUUUGUCUGAAUAGUGGUAGUGAUGCAGAAAGAGUUUUUCUAAGGUAAGGUGUAGAGAUAGGUUUAGGAGCAGG